AUGACAGACUCUACAACAACAUGUUCCUCAUUGUCAUCUUCGUCGACUUCAUCGUCUAAUAAUAGUAGUAAUAGCAGUAGCGGCAAUGUUAGCAGAGGGCGGCAACGCAAAGUACUUAUGCAUAAUAGUCCAACAUCAAAUAUGAUUAUACCGCCUUUCAGCCCCACUUAUUGUAAACCGAAUGAAUUUCCUUAUUCUAAUUUCUAUGUGAAAUUGCCAAAUGGGAAAUGGAUGGUGAGGUAUCGAUCCGGGAAUCGUGAUAUCCUUGGUACAGAUGAGUUUGAAGGCUACUUAAUAUGA